AACCGCCUUCCCUAAGUAUUUGUCGCCAUUUUCAUUUGGGUGGUUCAAUAGAAUCUUCAUCCAACAACGUUUUAGUGUUUUAGCUGUAGCAGAAAACCGAGAAUAACGAUUACACCGGGAACAUGAAGUUAUUCUUCUUAUUUUUCGCUUCAGCGAUUUUUGCGUCCACUUCAUGCGAAAUCAUGCUAUCAGUGAAUGAUUUUAAGGAGUUUGUUCAGCAUAACUGUUAUAACAUGACUCGAGAUAACAGGUUACAGCCUAGUGGACAAGAGAUCCCGUUGGCCAACAGCAUGGACAAUUUCAUUUCAAUUGUGGAAAGACUGGAGCUUAACAACACAGACUGGUCAGCUGAAGAUACCGCCAAAAUGUUAUUGAAAAGGUUCGCAAUAGAUGGACUAGUACAGAAAGGUGCGAAUCUAAGACAAGACGAGUUUUAUCAACGCAAAACGGAAAUUGUUAAUGAAUUCUUUAAGGGAGUAACACUACGAUCAGAGAAAUUUCCAGAAGAUCACCUUACAGAAAACGAGAAAUGUUCUCUGUAUUACAUGUUAUCUUACACUAUUAACGAUACUCUCAGAGAAGGUAUUGAUAGGCCUAAUAAUACCUACCGAUCGUAUGCUCAAAAACCGUCAUCGCUGGUCCAACAGGUUGACGUUGCUACUAAACCUCGUGAACAAGGUGUAGUAAGCAUCAAAGGCGUUGAAAAUCAUGCCAUUUCUUUAGGAAGGGUGUUAAUUGGGAUCGCUGCAUCUGGCUUAACCGUUGGAAGGAUUUUUCAAGAUGAAGAAAAGCUUCGUGAUAUUUUAUGGAAUCCUGUUGUUGCACUAACUCUUGCAGAAACUUUAGUACUUGCGCAAUUCAGAGAAGAUGAAUCGAAUCCCACAACCUAUAAUGAUAUUCCAGGAGGUAAAUGGAAUUCAACUAUCUGUACAACAGAAUAUCAGUUAGAAAAACAAUUACACUGGGCGUCUUAUUCUCUUCUAAGAGGAGCUGUUGACGGUCUAAUUAUUGGUUCUCUGCUGAAGGAUAGGAGCGACCUCAGAAGUGGGUUGAAGCUAAGUCAAUUACUCAGAUCAUACUAUAGCUACACUGGGUUACCCAGUGCUAACGAAUACAACUUCUGCAAAAGAGGUGACGUACUUGGAACAUUGACCAUUACUUUAAAAGAAGAAGCUGAGAAGUAUGCAUUAAUAUUUAGCAAUUUAAAAAACAUGGUGAUGAAUGAAGAAGAGAUUUCCAAGAAAGUAUCGAAGAGCUUAAGUAUAUUUGAUAGUAAGAAAAGUUACAUCAUUGAAUCUGGAAAUGAUGGGGAAUGCCAAAAGUCAAGUUUGAUCACUCAGAAAGCUUCUAAAUGUGAAACCCCUCAUGACGUGUUUGUCAUUAUGGAUACAAGAGCCAUUGGAGAAAGUUUAAAAGGUCAGCAAAGAAUUAUCAGUUCAUUGGCCAACAGUAUGGAUAUGAGGUAUUACGGCGACAGCAUGAGUGUUUUUGCGUAUGGAACUCAAAAUGGAGAAUUAUAUUCAAUCGCCUAUAACACCACGUCACAAGGGUGCGCCACGUGUUAUCCAUCGUGGAUUCAUCCUUCAAAUUCUUUCCCCAGAGAUAAUGAGGUGGAGUUAUUUAAAGGACUAAACAAAACCCUUGCAAAAUUUGAGUUCGAAAAAAGAUUAGCUCCAGGUGCACCAGGAAAGGUAGUCGUUUAUUUCAACAGCCAAGGAAUAAAUGUUGAUAAUUCAAGACUUACUGACGAACUUGGUAUACUUAAAGGCAACCAUAGAGACGUUCCAAUCAUUGCUUUCGGCGACAAACAGCAAUUGGAUGUUGUUGUCUGGAACAAGGAAAAGGAUAUUUUCGAUUUACCAUUAAAUGAAUUGAACCCAGAGUUUAUGAAAGACAUAUGGGAGAGGUUGUGUACAGUGCCAGCUACUCUUCAGUACGACAAAUGUUGGGAGUUGACGAAUAGUCGGGAGAGCUCGAACAAGUAUAUUGGAUAUGUGACCCCUAACCAUAUUCAAUACUGGGCUAUGUACCCUGAAUACUUCCUGAAGAGCAGAAACAUUCAAUUCACGUUCAAAUCAACCAGGACUGUAACAGAUCGCGUGAAAGUUUGCUUUAGCCGUGGUACCAGAACCCCCGAAAUGGAGGAGCAGAAUUGCAAGGAAACUUCGAAAAAUGACAAGGAAAUUUCCUUCUGGAUGAGUAAUCCCUGCAAAGGAUACAGCGUUUGGAACUGCCCGCCAUUUUAUUUCUCCAUUCAAGGUUUACGUGAUGAAGAACAAACCACGCAGUUUGGUAUCAACUGUGCUGGUAUCAAAUGCUUUGUUCCAAGAACUCCAGACCAGAUAGAAUUCACUGUGGAACACGAUGGUGUUAGAUGCAACGGUGCUUCCAAGCUGAUAUCUUCACUCACAGUAAUAAUCACAUUACUUGCUUUUGCUCUCUCGAGAAGUAAUUGAACGACCCUCAGCUCAUAGUUCCAAUUCACAACACUUUUCAUAAUUGACUACAAUGUCAUUUGUCUGUGUGGUUGUUAAUUACACGAAGCUAUGGUAUAUUUGUGAAACUACAUAUCAUGAUUUUUCUUUUUUUAAACAUUAAUUAUCCUCCUCUUCUGAUGUUCUGUACAAUUUUUUCUUUUUGUACAUUUUUUAUCCUCUUCGCAUGUGACUGAGAUCAAUUUUAUAGUUAAGUGACUUAACAACAAAAACUCUGUUUUUAUA